GCAAGUUCGAGAGCGAAGUCAGAACCCGCCAGUUUUGUAGUGCCUGCCACGAACGCGGGAAAGGAACAUGCAGCUUGGCGGGAAAGUAAUCUGCAGCAUGGCGGGAAAGUAAUCUGCAGCAUCACUGUUGCCACGUGGUGCGCUGUAGUAUCGAACUAGUUUGAGGUCGUUGACAGCUGCCGUGACUGCGAUGAACAGCGAGCUUACACUGUCGGGAUCUUCGAAGUGAUCUUCCAUUUCCCACGAACGACGCCCAGCUUGCCACGUGUGCAAGGUGAACUAACAGCCAUUCUCCAGCUCCCGCAGGAGACGGCCAUCGCCACGUGGACUCAUCACGGAUCACUUUGCUUUCUCUCUUCUCUCAGAGAGUCACUGCUGGAUAAGCAUUACCAGCUGUCAGAUCUGUGAGACAUGGGAAUGGAGGGGUGCUGCAUCAGGGGUACAGUUGAGGGGAUGUUGCAAUAAACCUGCAGAUGUUGUUCAGGGGUCGCCGGUUUCAAGACGCUUGCGGUGAAAGACAGCCAACGGAAAUGCAGGCCGGCUUGUCAUCCAAAAUCAGAGAAAAGGCGAUAUCAGCACGUUAGGCGUUGUGUUCGUGUGUGUGCAAAGUGCAUCAACCUUCUUUUUGAGUGAUCCCACCAACUGUGUGUGCUGGCAUGAGGGGACUGUACUAGGACGAAAGUGGGGAAGAGAGACUUUCAUCAGGAUGCCACCAUCUGUCCUUGCUGGUGUUUGGAGACUAUAGAGGGUAUAGCAGAAGAGGCUUUACGUGUAGGUGGCUCCUGUCGAUCGUAAUACGUAGACUUGUUAUUGGUAGGUAGAUGGCGAACGCAAUGGUAAAUGCGUUGACAGUCAACACAGUGCCCUGUCUGAGGCACUUGGCAGCACCGUGCUCACUACCCAGGGGUUCUGCUGCCGGUUGUGUGCCCCUCGGCUAUCCUGUGAACGCUUUACCAGCCCUUGGGCCGCCUGAGCCUCUAGCCAUGGCCACGACAGUUUCACUUUGCUCCUGCUUUGCGACUCCUGCAAUUGUCGGCAGCAACCUUGCUAAGCAUAACAGAGCCGACCGGCUGACGCCUCCCCAAGCUUCCUUCAAGCAGAACCUGGUUCUCGAAACGACUAAGGACUGCUCCUCUGCGAACGCAAACGACCUGAACUACGAGCGCAUUCUUUCUGCAGACCAGUGCGCCGAUCGCGCCGAAGCGGGUUGUGUGUCGUCGAAGGAUGUGCGGCUUGUGCCGUUAAUGACGCUUGCUGAUGCUAGCGUGCAAUCGGAUGGGCAGCAGCCAGCCCAGGAUGCAGCGGAGACGGGAGAGGGUGGGGGUAAUAUCAGAUCAGCUUUGUCGAGAGCUAACCUGGAAGCAACAUGGGAGAACCUCGUAGAGACCACUGAAGUGGCCAUGGAUAAGGUGCCGGGACCGCGCGUAGGACCAACUCCGAUACCCUGGCUCGUCGCCGUUCCUGUGACAUAUGCUGCUGUCAGCCUUGUCAUUGCCAUUGUCAAACUUUAUCGAAAGGCGAAUACACCGAGGGCGAAGAGAAAGAAACAGGUGUCGAAGAACCAGACCCUCAACGACGCUUUGAACGCCUUUUUCCCGGACAAUCGCACGGGUUUCACCGAGGCAGAGUUUCUGAAGGUUCAGCGGAUGACAGGAUUCACCGCCGAAGAAGUUCUGCGGAAGCAUAUCCGAUACACGCUGAACGAGCGGCCGUUUAAUCCCGAUCUCGUGGCCGAUUUGCUACACCUGAGGAAAGUUUCUGGUCUGUCCGACGAGGCUGUGGCAGAGAUUCUCAAUGAUGUGUCACGUCGGGUUGUGGCCUCGAUGGGCGUGGUGAUGAUGAAUACACAGGGAAUGACGGAGAGAGGCAUCAAGCGCAAGGCGGCCGUGCAGUCGCUGUUUGCCAAGAUUCUAUAUUUGUCAGAGCUUGAGGAGUUUUGCGCUUCAAGCGUGAGAGAUAAGUUGCAGACGAAAGUUAUUUUUGGAGUGACGGAUGAGGACUCGGACCUGAUACGCAUCGACACACUCUCCGAGCUGUCGGAUAUGGACGCCCUGGAAAUGAUGGUCAGCCCUCCGUCAGCAUCAGAUGUCGACGAGAAGCAGGAAAGAUGACGACUUCGUGCGCUUCAAGCGUGAGAGAUAAGUUGCAGAAGAAAGUUAUUUUUGGAGUGACCGAUGACGACUCAGACCUGAUACGCAUUGACACACUCACUGAGCUGUCGGAUAUGGACGCCGUGGAAAUGAUGGUCAGCCCUCCGUCAACAUCAGACGUCAGCGAGAAGCAAUGAAAAUGACGACUUCGCGAGUGCGGACCCGCCUUUCUUGACGUCACUUGUUCACCCCAAUGAUUGCAAGGGAAUGCCAGAUGGAGUAACCGUUCGUCACAUGCUUCUUCCUCCGUACAAAUUUAGAGUGAGAAAGACAGACAAACGCGUAGAUAAACGCGCCCAAGCGCAGUUUACUUCAAUCAAUCGAGUUACAGUAUCGCAGUGUAGGUGCCAAGUGGUUUGGUGGUCAAACGCUAUGGAAACCUCCCCCUUUGCAACGGCGGCGGAGAAUAAUGAGUUCUGCAGUGGUAGGAGUUUUGUCAAAGAUGAAUGGUAGAGGGGGGGGGGGAGGUUCUCGCAGAGGAAGCAAUAAAGGGCCAGAAAGCCA